ACCUGCAGCGGCUGCGGCAAGGGCUUCACCCAGUCCAGCAGCCUGCUGAAGCACAAGCUCACCCACACCGGCGAGCGCCCCUACACCUGUGCCCAGUGCGGUAAGGGAUUCACCCGCUCCAGUCACUUGCUGAUACACCACCGCACCCACACUGGAGAGCGACCCUACACCUGUGCCCAGUGUGGCAAGGGAUUCACCCACUCCGGCAACCUGCUGGUGCACCAGCGUACCCACACUGGCGAGCGCCCCUACACCUGCGCCCAGUGCGGCAAGGGCUUCACCCGCUCUGACAGCCUGCUGGAGCACCAGCGCACCCACACCGGCGAGCGCCCCUACAUCUGCGCCCAGUGCAGCAAGGACUUCACCCAAUACAGUCACCUGCUGAUACACCAGCGCACCCACACUGGCGAGCGCCCCUACACCUGUGCCCAGUGCGGCAAGCGCUUCGCCACAUCCAGCAGCCUGCUGGUGCACCAGCGCACCCACACCGGGGAGCACGCCUACACCUGUGCCCAGUGCGGCAAGGGCUUCAUCUGCUCCAGCCAGCUGCUGGCCCACCAGCGGGUGCAUGCUGGCGACCGUCCUGUCCCCAGCUCGGUGUGUGGAGAGCGUUUUGCCAUGGCCUCCCACGCCCUGUCUCACCAGCAUGUGCACACCAGUGGCCAGCCCUACGACUGCCCGUACUGUGGUGAGUCGUUUGACAACUCGCGGGGGUUGCGGCAGCACCGGCGGGCCUACGCCGGCGAGGAGCUGCUCCCACUGUGA